UUAAGUAUAACCGAUUCCUAUGACCGCGGCCGCCGCGCGUGGCGGUCGCGCGCGUCUAGCGCCGCGCGGCGACGACCGCUUCGAGGGCAGUCAAAUCGCACGAGCCGCGCGGCUAAUAUUCAUAUUUUAAUUUUCAAAGUUCGACAUUUCGUUACACUGUGUGACACAAAAUGUCUUCAAAAGUGUCAUUCACAAUAGAAGAAGACAUACUAUUGGCUGAAUCGGUAAGAGAACAUCCAUGUUUGUUUGACUUAAAAAAUGCCAAUUACAAGGAUCAACAAAUAAGGGACAAUGUAUGGAAGCUUAUAACAAAUAACCUGAAUAAUAAAAGUGUUGAUGAUUGUAAAAAGAGAUGGAAAAAUAUGAAAGAUACGUAUAAUAAACAUAAAAGGAGUAGAAAAUUAGGGACGGGAUCAUCGACAAAAAAUAAACAAACAAAAUGGGCCUUGGCAGAUACACUAUCGUUUAUGGACGUAUGUUCUUACGAACGAACGGGACUGACUAAUCUUAAUUCUACGGUUGAAAUGAACAAUAGUGAAGAAGAAGAUAGCUACUUAGAAGUAACUGUUGACGAUGAAAACAAUUCAAGUGAUGAAAACGAUGUUUCACAGAAGUCUGCAACAAAAAACACUACAGUUCAGGAAACUGAACUUGAAAAUAAUUUGAAUACAAAAAAAACAAAAUUAUUAAAAGAAAAAAGGCCUACUAAAAAACUAAAACAAAAUGAAGAGUUAGUGUCAUUGUUCAAAAAAAGUAAUGACGAAAGACAACAAAUUAUAAACGCCAUUAACAAAGUUGAGGAAGAUGAUGAUCCCAUUGAUUCAUUUUUUAAAACAAUGGCAUUAACAGUAAAAUCGUUUCCUCAACAUUUGAAAAUAAAAGCCAAAAAAGAAGUGUUCAACAUAAUUACGGAUUUGGAAAUAGAAAAUAACAGCACUACAUCGACAUCAAAUAGAAAUAUUCAGUUAACAAGUAGCUUAUUUUCAUCUCCAAAUCCUAGCAUACAAUCAUCGUCAAACUCAGGAUUUUCAACAUAUGAUCGUCCAAGUCAAUAUGUUUUUCCAGAGACUAAUGAUCGUCAACCUGGAAAUUGGACUCAAUCGCUCGGUGAUAAUAAUUAUGAAUUACUUCAGUACGACGAUAGACAGUACGAAUAAGGAAAAUAUGAUAAGGUAUUUUUAUUUGUUGUUUCAAUAAGUUGGUAUCUAUUUUUAUUUUAUGGUUUAUUAUACAGUUA